UUUGUGUGAAGUCAGCCGCUAGGGUCUGCCAUGCCACGGCCACUCCGCCGGUCUCCAGCCUCAGUCUGGACUGGGCGCUCAGGCUGGAGCCAUAACCAGCAGCGGAGGCAAGCGGGGGCUGGGGAGGUUUUUCUUUUUCUUUUUUUUUUUUCUUUUAAUACACGCCGUGGAGCCCAUCCCCACUGUGCCGCGACAUGCUACAUCCCCUAUGCGUUCACCAGCCCACACACACUCCAGAAAACGCAGCCGCCUUUUAUCGCAGAGGCAGCGAGAGAUGACGGCGAGGAGAGACGCGUCGCGGCCGCUGAGCGGCUCUCGCCUCCGGGAGGAAGGGAAGGGAGCAACGGAGCGAGCGAAGUCUAACCCCGACUGGUUUUAUCCCUCCCCCCGACAGGAGCCGGAGAAAGGGCCGGCGUCCGCGGCGGGGAUCCAUGCCCAUGUGGUGGGGGCUGCCGUCGCCGGCUCCGGGGCUGCUGCCGCGGACGAGUCCUCCGACAGCGAAGCGGAGCAGGAAGGCCCCCAGAAACUCAUCCGGAAAGUGUCCACCUCAGGGCAGAUCAGGAGCAAGACGAGCAUAAAGGAGGGAUUGUUGCUGAAGCAGACCAGCUCGUUCCAGAGGUGGAAAAAGCGCUACUUCAAGCUGAGAGGCCGAACUCUCUACUACGCCAAAGAUGCCAAGUCUGGCAGCGCCUUGGCACGCUGGCAGGAGCGUGCGCUGCGCAGAGUGUCCCGGAGUCGCGUGUGCUGGCGGGUUCUGUCCGUGUGCUGGGCAGACGCGCGACGCUCCCCCCCACCUCUUGGUGCCAGUGGAUCUGAGGAAGGCCUAGUGAGAAUUCGGUCCCUUAUCUUUGAUGAGGUGGAUCUGUCGGACGCCAGUGUUGCAGAGUCCAGCACAAAGAAUGUCAACAAUAGCUUCACGGUGAUCACUCCGUUCCGCAGGCUCAUCCUUUGCGCAGAAAACAGGAAAGAGAUGGAGGACUGGAUUAGUUCGCUGAAGUCCGUCCAGUCCAGGGAACACUACGAGACGGCACAGUUUAAUGUGGAACAUUUCUCAGGGAUGCACAACUGGUACGCCUGCUCCCACGCACGGCCCACCUUCUGCAAUGUCUGUAAAGACAGCCUGUCCGGCGUCACGUCUCACGGCCUCUCCUGCGAAGUGUGCAAAUUCAAGGCCCACAAACGCUGCGCGGUCAGAGCCACUAACAACUGCAAAUGGACGACCCUGGCCUCCAUAGGGAAGGACAUCAUUGAGGAUGAGGAUGGGAUUGCCAUGCCUCACCAGUGGCUGGAGGGAAACCUGCCCGUCAGUGCCAAGUGUGCCGUGUGUGAUAAGACAUGUGGCAGCGUGCUGAGACUGCAGGACUGGCGCUGUCUCUGGUGCAAAGCCAUGGUGCACACGGCCUGCAUGGACCUAUACCCUCGUAAGUGUCCUCUCGGUCAGUGCAAAGUCUCCAUCAUUCCCCCGACGGCGCUCAACAGCAUUGACUCAGACGGCUUCUGGAAGGCCACCUGUCCCCCGUCGUGCGCCAGCCCCCUUCUAGUCUUCGUGAACUCCAAAAGCGGCGACAACCAGGGAGUGAAGUUCCUGCGGCGGUUCAAGCAGCUCCUCAACCCGGCCCAAGUCUUCGAUCUGGUUAACGGAGGGCCGCACCUUGGUCUGCGGCUGUUUCAGAAGUUUGACAACUUUCGGAUUUUGGUGUGUGGAGGUGAUGGCAGCGUGGGAUGGGUGCUGUCAGAGAUUGACAAGCUGAGUCUGCACAAGCAGUGCCAGCUGGGGGUGUUGCCCUUGGGUACGGGCAACGAUCUGGCGCGAGUGCUGGGCUGGGGCCCAUCCUGUGACGACGACACCCAGCUGCCUCAGAUCCUGGAGAAGCUGGAGAGGGCCAGCACCAAGAUGCUGGACCGCUGGAGCAUCAUGACCUACGAGAUCAAGAUCCCGCCCAAACACAGCUGCCCCACCACGCCUGAGGGAGCCGACGACUGCCAGUUUCACAUUUCAGCCUACGAAGACUCAGUAGCUGCACACCUCACAAAGAUCCUCAACUCAGAGCAGCACUCUGUGGUCAUCUCCUCCGCCAAGAUCCUGUGUGAAACAGUGAAGGAUUUUGUUGCCAAAGUGGGGAAAGCAUAUGAAAAGAGUGCAGAGAAUGCAGACGAGUGCGACACCAUGUCACUGAAGUGUGCCAUCCUGAACGAAAAGCUGGACUCCCUCCUCCAGACCCUGAACGCCGAGUGCCAAGCCCUGCCGCCGCUUCCGCACUCCACUCCUCCCAUCGUGGAGGAGGAGCAGGAGGAGGAAGAGGAGGAAGAGGAAGAUGAGGAGGAAGAGGCCAGCGAGGAGAGUCUGACGGAGCCGAAGGAGAAGCUGGAGGAGGAGGAGACGGAGAAAGGAGGUGGAGGGGGAUCCCAACACCUGCUGUUCAAAAGCAGGGAGCAGCUGAUGCUUAGGGCCAACAGUCUGAAGAAGGCUAUCAGACAGAUCAUAGAGCAGGCUGAGAGAGUGGUCGACGAGCAGAACGCUAACACGGAUGACACCGAGCUUCCGUCACCUCUGGAGUUCAGGAAGGACAGCGAGGAUGAGAACAGGGACAGCGAGAAGGACGAGGACACCAAGGAACUGGAGGCGGUGUCGUCUGCUAAGAGUCCUUGUUCCCCGACGGAGAGGAAGGUGAGUCGCAGCACUCAGUCCUACAGCUCCUUCACCAUCACCCCCUUCACCACCAGCAAGGAGAACCUCCCCGUCCUCAACACGCGCAUCAUCUGCCCUGGCCUGCGGGCAGGUCUGGCUGCCUCCAUCGCCGGGAGCUCCAUUAUCAGCAAGAUGCUGCUGGCUAACAUCGACCCGUUCGGCGCCACCCCCUUCAUCGACCCCGAUCUCGACUCACUAGAGGGCUACAUGGAGAAGUGUGUCAUGAACAACUACUUCGGCAUCGGCCUGGACGCCAAGAUCUCCCUGGAGUUCAACAACAAGCGAGAAGAGCAUCCGGAGAAGUGCAGGAGUCGUACCAAGAACAUGAUGUGGUAUGGUGUUUUGGGCACAAAGGAGCUUCUGCAGAGAACCUACAAGAACCUGGAGCAGAAGGUCCAGCUGGAGUGUGACGGUCAGUACAUCCCCCUGCCAAGCCUUCAGGGGAUCGCUGUGUUAAACAUUCCCAGCUACGCCGGAGGGACCAACUUCUGGGGUGGCACCAAGGAGGAUGACAUCUUCUGUGCUCCAUCGUUUGACGAUAAGAUCCUGGAGGUCGUGGCUGUGUUUGGCAGCAUGCAGAUGGCCGUGUCCAGAGUCAUCAAGCUGCAACACCACCGCAUAGCUCAGUGUCGGACGGUGAAGAUUACAAUCCUGGGCGAUGAAGGCGUUCCCAUUCAGGUGGACGGAGAGGCUUGGAUCCAGCCGCCGGGAGUAAUCAAGAUCCAGCAUAAGAACAGGGCACAGAUGCUCACCAGAGACCGGGCCUUUGAGAACACGUUGAAGUCAUGGGAGGACAAGCUGAAGUACGAUAAGCCUCCUCUGCGGCCUCACCUCUACCCUCAACAGUCUGUCGACCUGGCCACGGAGGAGGAGGCUGCCCUGGUGCAGAUGUGUGCCCGAGCUGCAGAGGAGCUCAUUACAAGGAUAUGUGAGGCGGCAAAGACCAACGGGCUUCUAGAGCAGGAGCUGGCUCACGCUGUGAACGCCGCAUCCCAUGCCAUCAACAAAACGCACCCUAAGUUCCCAGAGAGCCUGACCAGGAACACGGCCAUUGAGGUUGCCAGCACUGUCAAGGCGCUCUACAAUGAGACUGAGUCUCUGCUACUGGGCCGAGUCUCUCUGCAGCUGGAUCCGCCGGAGGAGGAGCAGCUUUCCAGUGCUCUGCAGAGUGUGGAGUUGGAGCUGGCCAAACUGGGAGAGAUCCCCUGGCUCUACCACAUACUGCAGCCCAACGAUGAGGAGGUUGACUGUGCUUAUGUACCAGGACCACUCUCUGGGUUACGGCAAGAGGAACAGUCGCAGCAGCAUGUUCCGCAUAGUGCCCAAGUUCAAGAAGGAGAAGGCCGCCAAGAAGACGAGCCCUCAGUCAGUGGAGAGAUGGGGCACAGAGGAGGUGGGCAUCUGGCUGGAACAGCUGAGUCUGGGGGAGUACAGAGACACCUUCACGCGACACGACAUCCGAGGCUCGGAGCUGCUUCACCUGGAGAGGAGGGACCUGAAGGAUCUGGGGAUAUCGAAAGUGGGUCAUAUGAAGAGAAUUCUCCAGGGAACUAAGGACCUGGCCAAGGCCUCCAUGGUUGACCUCUAACAAAAGCGCCGGAAACUGGGGAGACAAAGCAUUCCUCUUCCAUCAGUGGAAUCGUUUGGGAGCACCGGCCCGGCAGUGAAGAGGAGGUCGAAAAUUGAUGGAGAAGAGCUGGACGUUUGCCUCUCUUCUCUUCUGAGGAAGGAACUCUGUGAUGUUGUGAACAAGAUACAUUAACAUGUUUGUUCGUGCCAAGAAAAGCAGCAGUGGAGAAAGCUGACGGAAGCUCAAAAAGGAAGUCACGGAUUUAAAACAACAAAACAAAAGAAAUAAGCAUUUUCUAAGUUAACAACCACUCAUAGCGCAUCGUCAGGUAUGCAACUAACCACAGUGCUGACAAACCAGUAGCAGAACCAUGACUUCCAUGAGCAUGGGCUUCAGUUUCAGCUCAGCCACCUCACGUCGCUGAGCUGCAGGUGCAUUAGAGCAACCUCCAGGGGGCGGUGUAGCGUGAAAGCAGCGGGAUACUGUUGCAUGCUGUGCUUGCUCAACUUUCAAUAUGUUUAACUGCAUGAUUAGUGUCUUUAUUCUUUCUCCUUGCUUUUGGUUUUCUCCUGCGUGCGCGCAAAAAUAACACUUGAACAAGUUUUACAUGACCUAAGUAUUACGAUGCCAUUUGUUACUACUGAACGCAUCCUCUUUUGUUUUUUUCCCUCUGCUAGCUUGUUUGCAUGAUAAUGACGUGUCAAAGGUUUCCGUCAAAGUGCCAUAUUAUCAGUCGUUUAGCGUUAAAAAACGUAGACGCCAUAAGAUGUUUUGAUAAAAGCAGAGGUGUGAAUAUGUGGAAUCAGUAUCCGUGAAUUGACGAGUUCUCUGUGGAUGUGAACGUCAGUACCAAAGUGAAUGUCGAAUGAAUUUAUUUAAUAGACCGGUAGGACUUAGGUCUCCAUUUAAGGUGGGAAGAAGCUUAAACUCUGUCAGAUGCCAACCACGUACACACUAGGGUCGUUUUUUUUUUCUUUUUUUUUCUGUUUUUGUUGUUUUGUUUUAGUUUUUUAAAGAAUACUUUAAAGGCACUUUUUAACUUCUUGCUUAAUGCAAAAGCAAAUCCUCAUAUCAUGAUGUAGAAUUAACAGUUCACCUCAACUUUUUAAUCGAUUAACGGCAGUAUUUAACACUAAUAGGAGUUAGGUAUCAGUUUGUAAUAGAGCAGUUGAUCUGCAGCCUGCAUAGCUUCGUCCAAGUGCAGCUUCUUUUCUUCAAUUCAAACUACGAGUGAGGUAGAACUUUUACUGGCUAGUUUCUUCUAAGAAUGGUGGCAUUACAGGGUAUAUUUCAAUAUGUGAUGCUAAGUUUGUGUAUGUAUAUGUAUAUAUGUGUGUAUGUAUAUAUGAAUAUAUAUAUAUAUGCACUGUAUAUACAAUAUACCAGUGUAUGCAAACAAUGUUUUGUAAUGUGUUGUAGUCUAAUGCGUUUGUAGACUGCUGACAUGGCAUGCAUUGUCAACAGCUCACACAGUUGAUUGUGUGCAUUACACCUUAACAAGUGUGCAUUUUUUUCUGAUCUCUUGUACAUGAUGAUGAUGCUGUCGUAUUCUAAUGAUGGUGCAAUAUCUGAUCCCUUGUUUUGAUACCGUCUCUUUUCUGGGCGUAAAAAAAAGAGAAAAAAAAGAAAAAAUUAACAAAAACCUUGAAAGAGUUUUUUUGUUCUUUUUAUAUACUUGUGGUUUGAGGAUUUUAAAAGUUAAAAGAUGAGUAGACAGAUUUGCUUUUUUUUUCUUAAUGACUCCAGGUUUCUUCCAGUUGUUUGCUAGUUUGUAGUUUUUUGCUCCUCUGUGCUUCCAAGAUGAUUCACUGCAGUGGGACUGUGUUUGUGGGCCGGCAGGUGGGUGGGGGGAUGGCAGACUUGACUGUUUUGGCUAUUUGUGCACGUGCAGGUGCAUCAGAGUUAAGAAUUAGUUUAAGAGGACUUUUUUGAUAAAUCAUGCUGCACAAGCUACCAUUAAACUAACCUAAGAAGUAGCAGAGUGUGUGAUCCAGAGUCUGGGGUGGUACAGUCAUUUAGUAUCCCUUAAAUCCCACAAGAGGGCGAUACAUCCUAUCUCACAGCUCCACAUUCCCAGAGCCUCAUGCUCAAUGGCAUCAUCAACAUCCAGUUGGUUACACUGACAAUCAGUUCAGUAAUAUUGAUUUAUGGAUUGAUUCUGUCCCUUUUUCUUUAACCUCCACCUCUGCCUGAUGGUUUAGUCUCAUGCCUUUUACUCAUUAAACAGACUACCUGUCUUAGUGUUAACUAUUUAAUGACAGCUGGCCUUUUUUUUGACUUGCAGCCUUUCUGUUGCUUUGUGCUUUAAACGGAGCAGCGUAGUGGAACUGUUCUGCUUUAAUAUCCACCACACGUGUCCGUGUUGAACUUUUUGCGUGUCUGCCGAGGGUUUUCAGGGGGUUCUGUAAACAAUGAGCGUGUUUGGCUUCAGGCCUUUCCAUUCGAGGCGGAAGCUGCCACCUUCCUCUCCUGGCUAUGUUUCCCAGUGGUCUGUAAAUAAUGCUGCAAAACUGCCUGGUUUUCAAAAAACCAACAGAAACCCACUCGAGGAUCUGUUAAAAAAAAGGACACAUUAACACGUUGUCUUUGACACGGUUCCCGAUGUGACGGGAGAAAAUAGUCAGUUUCGUUUGUUUACAUUAUGUUUACAAUGGCACACUUUUAAUUUGUAAGGAUAUAUCUGUAGGUAUAGACAAUAUUUGCAUAUUUAUUGCCCAAGGUUAAAAAUGAUAUGAUGUGUAUUGUGUUUUCACAUUUGGAAUAUAAUGUUACAGCUGUCACCUGUAUUACUAUCUGGAUGAUUUUGGUAAAGUAGUUGAUCAUUUUUAUGACUACUAAGUGACUGUUUUCUGUGCCUUUUUAUGGUUAGAAUGCAUGGUUAACUAUUUAUUACAAUUUGGAGUCACUGAGAUGUGUAUUUUUGUAUUCUGAAUAAAAUGAAUGGUUCAGCUUUUGUUGUACAUUUUUAAGGUGCCUUAAAGCAGGCUACCUGUUCAUAUCUCUCUUCUUCAAUAAAACCAAAUACAUAUGCAGCGUG